CUCUCCGGCAGCUGCAGCCUGAAAAGCACUGUGCAGUCGAAGAGCCUGGGGAAGCCUGGGCGGAGAUAGGCGGAUCCCAGCUCCUGCCUGGCCCCGGGAAGCAGCUGACAGCCCGGGGAGGCGGCGCUGGAGCAGCAGCUGGGUGAUGGAGAACUUCACCGUGCUGCACGCCUGGACCAAGAGCACCAACACCUCCACCGCGGGCUGCGCCACGGAUGAAAAUACCUACAAAUGCAAAUUUGAUGAGGAGUUCAAGUACAUCCUGCUGCCCGUCUCCUAUGGCAUCGUGUGCGUGGUGGGGCUGUGUCUCAACCUGCUGGCACUCUACAUCUUCCUCUUCAGGAUCAAGACCUGGAACGCCUCCACCACCUACAUGUUCAACCUGGCGGUGUCGGACACACUGUACGUGGUCUCCUUGCCCCUGCUAGUGUAUUACUAUGCCAAGGGGGACAACUGGCCCUUCAGUGUGGGCUUGUGUAAAAUAGUCCGUUUCCUGUUCUACACCAACCUCUACUGCAGCAUCCUCUUCCUCCUUUGCAUCAGUGCUCACCGCUUCAUGGGCAUCUGCUUCCCACUGAAGUCGCUGAAGUGGGGCCACGUCCGCUACGCCCGGAGGGUGUCGGGCAUUGUCUGGCUGGUGAUCAUUAUUUGCCAGUCGCCGGUGCUCUUCUUUGUCACCACCUCCAUGAAGUGCAACACGAUUACCUGCCAUGACACGUCAAGCAAGGAGCUCUUCGGCCAGUUCGUCAUCUACAGCUCGGUGAUGUUGGUGCUUCUUUUCUGCAUCCCCUUCCUGAUCAUCAUUGUGUCUUACUGCCUGAUGGCCCGGAAGCUGCUGCAGCCCACUCAGGGGACCUCCCAGAUGUCCAAGUCCAAGAAGAAGUCUGUCAAGAUGAUCAUCAUCGUCUUGGUGGUCUUCAUCGUCUGCUUCCUGCCUUUCCACAUCACUCGCACCUUGUAUUAUUCCUUCCGGAGCUGGGACCUUGGCUGCAGCACCCUCAAUGCCAUUAACUUAGCCUACAAAGUGACCAGGCCACUAGCUAGUACCAACAGCUGCUUGGAUCCCAUUUUAUAUUUCUUAGCUGGACAAAGGUUCAUGAAGUUCACAGGCAAGAAAACACCAGCAAAAAUGCAGAGGGCAGUGGCCCUGGAGACCGCUGCCAGCAGUAACAUGGGCAUCAGUGACAACACGAACAUGAUAGUCAAGGAUGUAAAAUCGUAGCCUUUUACAUGCCUGUGCACUGCCCCGUCGCAUGGCAGACCAUGCCCUUCGUGGUGGCAGGGCUUCCCUGUUGUGCGAGGGGAGGCCUUGCAUGCUGCCUUUCUGCCUUCCAGUGCCUCCCCAAACAUCAGGAGUUGGUGGUGUCUUGUCUUCAACCCUGCUUCCACAGGCAUGGUACUGAAUGCGUACAUCACCUCUGUAAUGACUUUUUGCAACUAAGGUGCUGCUGAGGUGGUCUACAAUAAUCCCAUGUGCAAACCUUCCUCCAGAUCUAUAGCUCAAACACUUCUCUUCCAUCAGAUUCACCCAUCCUUUCCCACAGAAUGAGGACAAAAACCAGCUGUGCCUGGCUGCCGUGAAGGAGCAGUCAAGACAUUGUUUUGGCACAGAUUUUUUGUUUUAUUUUCUGAAACAACCCCCCAAAAGCCCAUCUCCUGAGGUUAUCAGCAUUUUCAGCCAUGCUUUUAUUGGGAUGCUCAUCAAGCCUUCUACUGAAGCUGGCAAGAAGCCACGGGGGUUGGGUCACUGGAAACAGGCUGAUAGUGAGUUUGAUUGAAAAAAAAAUGUCAGUGUAAAUCUCAGCACAGGAAAUGGAAAGAGGGUCCCCAGGAAAUGGAGACAACUUGGAUCCCAAAAUUGUUUUCCCACUUUUCAGCCAGCGCCAGCUUGCUUACUGAGGUCACCUUUCCUCCUGUGCUGGGGCUGGGACAAUUUGGGGCCCGUUCGGAGGGGCUGUCUCCAGCUAACGGAGUUUGCCUGAAUACCUCUGGCGUUUAUACCAGCAAACUCAUUUCAGCCAGUUCCCUGAACCAAAUGAGCUAGGUCAGCAAAAGUGUCCUCCUGGGACUACACUAGGACUGCUGCAGCCCAAGCUAUGCUGCUAAAGGAGCUUAGUUCCUCCCAGGCCUGACCCACAGAGCUGUGCUUGCAAAACUUGUAAGUACAGGUUAAGCCUGAGCCAAUGUGAUUUUGCCAGCAGGGAACCAAGGUUAUGGUCACCCAAGUCUUUUCCUCCCAGGUGAGUGCUUAGAAUAAAAAAGGAACAUAAGUCACUGUAGG